CAGGACCCCACUAUCAACGUCGACCCUUCCCAAGCUCUCAAAUAAACCCCACACGAUUCGACAUUCAACACCAACACCGCCCACAGCCCACCGCCGCCGUCAUGUCGCACCCCCGCGUAGAAGAGGUCUCCGACAGCGACGUCGACAUGUCGGACCCCUCCGAGGCCGACAUCGACGACUUCGUCGAGUCCGAUAUCCUGCGCCGCGUCGACGCCAGCACGAAGAAGCCCGCCGCCGCCGCCCCGUCCUCCCAUCAGCAGCAGCAGCCGCCACGACCCGCGCCCGCAGGGCGCCGCGCAGCAGCAGCAGCAGCACCCGCCCCGCAGAUCCACAUGCAGACGACGACAGACGAGAAGGCGUACCGGCACUACCAGUGCCUGUACCCGGUGUACUUCGACGCGACGCGGACGCGGGCGGAGGGGCGGCGGGUGCCGCUGGCGCUGGCGGUGCGCAACCCGCUGGCGAUCGACAUCGUGCAGGCGUGCGCGAGCCUGCGCCUGCCCACCGUGCUGGAGGCCGGCAAGCUGCACCCCAAGGACUGGGCCAACCCGGGCCGGGUCAAGGUCGACCUGCGCGCGCAGCAGCAGCAGCAACACCCACACCUACCUACUACACAACCACCAUUCCCUCCAUCAAAAACAAUCAAAAACAAACACCACCUCUACCUGCUCGUAGCCCAGCACCUGCGCGCACACCCAACAACGGACAGCUCCCCGGCGCUGCGCAUGCGCGUAGGCGGCGCGCCGCCGCCGCCAGCCGCCAUGGCGGACACGAGCAAGCCGUGGCCGCGGCCGGCGGUGCCGCGCGGGUGGAAGAUGGGCGAGCUGCUGCCGUACUACAGCCCCGCGAUGACGGGCGGCGGGGUGAGCGAGAACUUCCUCAAGGACAUGAUGAAGGAGCUGCAGCAGCAGGGUGGAGGUGUCGGCGGCGGCGGGAUGCCGGAUAUGGCGAGUUUGUUGGCUGCCGCCGGCGGGGGUAGCGGUGCCGGCGCCGGUGCUGGGGCGGGAGGGGGGAAGAAGGAUAAGAAGGGGAAGGGGAAGUAGGGGAGGAUCAUCACGAGCAUGAAUUGGUUGUGGCUUGAUAGUGUGUAGAAACGGAGCCGCAUGGAAUGAAAAGGUUCGCCAUCGACCGGCCCGGGAAGAGAACCA